UAGUUAGGAACAUGGCGGAUGGGAGAUGUAUCGCCGGUUACUUCAGAAGAAACUCACUGUGCGUUAUGGAGGAGUGUUAGUUUUUUUCGGCGAGAGACACUCUGACUCCACCAUCGUGUGAAUUUGGCCGAAUUUGCUGACGAAGUCACAGUGUAUGCAAUGCAAAGAGACUCAGAGCGGACAACUUUGGGCUUGCGGGCGAAGCGGGCACCGGCAGCGGUGCGGACGGACUCACAGCGCACAGGAGCAUUUAGGCAUAUCACAGCAUCUGUCUCCAUAGCAUUGAGUUUUGGGGCUUGAAGGGGCUGAAGGACCCCCUGAAGACCAAGCCGAAGACUGGCCCAUCACGCUGGGAGCACUGGGAGGGCCGGGGAGGCAGCUCACCUCCUCCAGCUACGGUGGGACGGACGCAGUGAACUCGUCUGCUGCCCAUCGUUGAGUUCCCGUGGUGGCAUGUUCAGAUCCUGCGGAGGCCAUGGAACUGCAGGAUAGGAAACGGGAGGAGGAGGCAGAUGCCCUGGGGCUCUCUACCAGCCAAGCACUCAGCACCCUGCGCGACCAGCUCAGCGCCUUGUUGCUGCAGCAGCAGCAGAAACGGAGCCGGCGACGACCCACCCUGCAGGAACUGUGGGCCAAGAGCUUCCUUCACCAUAACAACCGCCACUCUAGCUUCCAUUGGCCAGGAGUUGCCUUCACUUUGCUGGUUGUUUUUGGGCUGCUGUGUUGCCAUGGCAGCCAGCCAAAGGGCAGCCAGGGGAUUGAACUGGUGAAUGCCUGUGCGCUUUUCCUCCUGUUGCUACUGAACCUGUUUCUCAUUGGACGUCAGGAGCGGCUAAAGAAGAGUGAAAUGGUGCGGCGCCUGAAGUCCAUAAUAUCUCAGCUUGACAACACAUUACAGGCAAGUGCAGGGGAGCCAAUCAAGUGGUCUGCCUCACUGUACCCAGACCUGUACACUCCCUCCUCCCCCUCCUGGUCUCUGCACUGGACAUACCGGGACAACCAGCUGGUCAACCUACCUGUCAGUCUGCUGGUGGAGGGGGACAUCAUUGCUCUCCGGCCAGGACAGGAGUCAUUUGCUUCUCUGCGUGGAAUAAAGGAUGAUGAGCACAUUGUGCUGGAACCUGGUGAUCUGUUUCCCCCAUUCUCCCCUCCUCCAUCUCCCCGAGUGAAUGAGAAGAGGGGUCCACAGAGCCCACAGCAGUUCCGCCUCUUCAGGGUGGUCCGCACCCCCAUCCUGGACAGCAUCAGGAACAGUCUGGACCUGGCUUUGUCUCGCCCAGUCACUGCCUUGGACAACGAGCGGUUCACAGUGCAGUCCAUCAUGGCCAAAUUCGCCUGCCCUGUUGUGCUGGUGGCGUUUCUCGUCGUUAACACUGCACGAUACUUUUUUAGUGCCCCAAGCCUCGCUGAAUCACCAGUCCGGUUUACCUUCUUCCAGCUUCAGGUGAUGGGUGUGCUCCCCAUUCUCCCACUCCUAUUCCCUGUGAUGUGGGUUGUGGUAAAUGCCUAUGGAGAGGCAAGGGUCCUAGCCGAGUCCAACCGAGCAUCCCCAACUGGCCUGCUUGCUAAGUUCUCUGAGGAUACUCUAAGCAGCUACACGGAAGUGGUGUCUUCUCAGGAGCUUCUUCGCUGUGUGUGGAGGCAUUUUGUCAGUGUGCUGAGAGGGGAGUCCCAGACACUGUGCUACACCUCAAGCCUGCUGCACUCUUUGGGCUCCGUCACUGUGCUAUGCUGUGUAGACAAGCAAGGAGUUCUGUCCUGGCCUAACCCUAGUCCAGAGACAGUAUUGUUCUUCAGUGGCCGUGUGGAGCUCCCCCACAACAGCCAGGAUGACCUGCGAGAUGACCUCUCUGUGGGCUCCUUCUGCAGGAUGGAGGGGGAUGAGGACAGGGAUGAGGCCCAGGAAGGAGAGGCUCUGCUGUCUCUUCCUGCAAUGGAGUCCUCCCACCAUGUCGGGAAUGAACAUGAGCCUAGCGAAACGUCACAUGACACAGCUCGUUCCUCAGACACCCUACGCCUGCAGCGGCACAUCCAGCCCACCCGCACCAAGCAUCCUUCAGGUUCCAAUGUCAGCUUCAGCCAUGACACUGAGGGUGGUGAGGAAGACCCCAUACAGUCCUGUGGGGCAGAGGCCAGCUGUUGUGAGGCGGAGGACUUUGUGUGCGACUAUCAUCUAGAGAUGCUGAGCCUUUCUCAGGAUCAGCAGAACCCUGUCAGCAUCCAGUUUGAUGACUCAGGCUGGCAGGGCCAUCUUCCCUCCCUCAAACCGCUGGGCCUCAACAUCCUGCUGAAUCUUUGCAAUGCUGGAGUAACCCAGCAGCUGUGCCGCUUCUCAGACCACCUGUCCAACCUGGCGUUGCAAGAGAGCCAUGGGAUCGUGCAGGCCGUGCAUGUGCCCUGGGGUCUCUGUGAGCUGUCCCGCCUCAUAGGUUUCACCCCUGGUGCAAGGGAGCUCUUCAAGCAGGAGAACCAUCUGACCUUGUACCAGCUACCGUCUGGUGAAAAGGCUAAGGAAACUGCCCCACGUCGCUUGCACAACCUCUCUAAGCGGCAGCCACCUAUCAGCCACCUCAUCAGCCUUCUAGUGCGUGAUAGCACAACCAACAAUGUGCAAAUGCUUUCCCAUGGCUCAGCUGACCUCAUACUGGAGGCCUGUACCGAUUUCUGGGAUGGUUCCGACAUCUACCCCCUCUCUGGUUCUGACAGGAAGAAGGUGCUGGAUUUCUAUCAACGUGCUUGCCUCUCAGGCUACUGCUCCGCCUUUGCCUACAAGCCCAUGCAGGUGUCCCUCUCACCGCAGCUAAAUGGGAAGUGUGUGGAGCUGGCUCCUGGCCCCACCCUGUUCUCAGGGGUGGAGCUUCCCAGCACCACUCCCAUCAAACACGGUAGCCGCAGAAAUAGCUGGAGCUCGGAUGAGGGCAUUGGGGAAGUGGUAGAGCGGGAGGACUGUGUCCAGGCUCUGAGUGGGCAAAUCUUUAUGGGCAUGGUGUCCUCGCAGUUCCAGGCCCGCCUGGACACCGUACGGCUCAUCGAUGCCCUGGUCAACGCCUGCAUACGCUUUGUCUACUUCUCCAUGGAGGAUGAGCUGCGCAGCAAGGUGUUUGCAGAGAAGAUGGGAUUGGAGACAGGGUGGAACUGCCACAUCUCCCUUACACCCAAUGGAGAUGGGAAUUGUGAUAUGCCCCCUUCCAGCCCUAGCCAUGCUGGCUCCCUGCAUGAUGACCUGCACCAAGAUUCGCGUGAUGAAGCAGAGGGGCCUUUGCUACCAGAAGACGAGGGCCACUCAGACCUUGCCAGCUUUCAGCCAACUGACAGUGACGUGCCAAGCUUUCUUGAGGACUGCAAUCGGGCUAAGCUGCCUCGUGGGAUUCAUCAGGUGCGGCCUCAUUUGAAGAACAUAGACAACGUUCCCCUGCUGGUUCCCCUCUUCACUGAUUGCACUCCUGAAACUAUGUGUGAAAUGAUGAAGAUAAUGCAGGAAAACAGGGAGGUCACCUGCUGCCUGGGCAGUUCAGCCAACUUCCGCAAUAGCUGCCUCUUCCUGCAGAGUGACCUCAGCAUCGCUCUGGAUCCUCUCUACCCAUCGCGGUGCUCAUGGGAGACCUUUGGCUAUGCAGCCAGCAGUGGGAUGAGUGAUGAAGCUGGAGGUCUCUCUCCGCUGGAACUCUCUGGAAGACUGAACACCCUGGGCUGUUCAGUUACCUUCCACCAGGGAGAGAGUGUGAGCAUAGUUAAGCUCAUUGAGCAGGCGCGUCAUACAACUUAUGGCAUUCGAAAGUGCUUCUUGUUUCUGCUGCAGUGUCAGCUGACCCUGGUGAUUAUCCAGUUUUUGGCCUGUCUGGCCCAGCUACCCCCACCAAUGAAUAUCACAGACAUCCUGUGGUUGUCCUGUUUCUGCUACCCACUUCUCAGUGUGUCCUUACUGGGGAAGCCACCGGACAGUUCAGUUAUGACGGUUGCCACAGGCAAGAACCUGGAGUCCAUUCCCAGGAAGACUCAGCAUUACUUCCUGGGAUGCUUCCUGCUCAAGUUCAGCAUUACUGUGUGCGCCUACUUGUUGGGCUUUGGCUUCAGCCUUCAGGCUGUGUGUGGAAGAAGAAAUUCAACAAUAAAUUGUUUCAACGUCUUUGCUACCAGCUCAUCACCAGAUGCCCCCCACUGGUUCACGGAGCUUUCAAAUGGGCUGCUGCUCAUCCAGAAGGUGAUGGCAGGAUUCUUGGCACUGCACACAGUUGUCAUUUCUCUCAGCUAUGUUCAUCGCUCCCAGUCGCUGUGGAGGAGGAGUCCCUUCAGUAACACUUGGUGGUGUCUCACUGUGCCUGUGGUGUUGCUGGGUCAAGUGCUGCAGGCCAUAGUGGACUUCCAGCUGUGGCAGGACAGGAGUGCCAGGGGGACUGUUGCACUGAAGGAUAUACCCAUAGAGGUGUGGCUGCUGGUGUCACUGUCACCGUUACUUGUGGUGCUGGUCAACGAGGCAGUCAAACUGCAUGAGAUCAGGGUACGAGUACGCUAUCAGAAGAGACAAAAACUGCAGUUUGAGACCAAACUGGGCAUGAACUCCCCCUUCUGAGGGACUCUUGGAAAGCAUUUUCAAGAUCUUAACUGCAUGGCACUUCUGCACGGCCCUGACUGGGGGACCUCUGGAUGCCCUCUAGAACUCAAUGUCCACAGGAGUCUAUGCUGCGCUAUAGCCCAAACGCACUGCCAACUGUCAGAAGCAGCCACAAAGCAGAAAGUUGAUAUUCUACAUUUUUCUUAAGUGAGCCGCUUGCUCUGCACCCUAGUCCUGUGGAAGUAAUAAUAUAAGCACCCUGGCAGCCCUCACCUGUCCAGCAGGCACUGUUGGGGUUUGUCGGCGCAUCAGUCGCACCUACAGCUGCACUCCCUGAGCCUUGCAGAAGGGACACAGCAAGGCCCUGUACCUCUACAUAUCUGAACUGCAUUGAUUGAUCUGAUCAGUGAAUAUUUUUGUUGUCCAUGACAUUUAUAAAUGGUGUAUAUUUUGUAUUUUUAAAGUUAUGUAAAAUUGCUUCUAAUUUUUAAAGUGAUUUAUCAACUGUC